AUGUUCAACGACUGGGUGGCUGAGGUGACCUGGAUCAGCGGCGCCUCCAUGUACCCGUACUUCAAUGCAGACAAGGACUCGACGAUGCGCAAUGAUGUUGUGCUUAACUACAAGUUCAAGGCUCAGGAGGGGCUAAAGCGUGGGAUGAUCGUCACAUUCUGGAACCCGACAAAUCCGGAAAGCACGGCUGUAAAGAGGAUCGUGGGUUUGGAGGGCGAUGUAGUCAAGACAAGAAGUCCGUUCCCCGAGUCAGUGGUCCGGGUACCCGACUACCACGUCUGGGUGCAGGGAGAUGGCAGCGCGCGGGAUAAUCUGGAUAGCAACACAUACGGCCCUGUACCCAUAGGGCUGAUCACAGGCAAAGUCACGCAUAUCCUGUAUCCCUUCCAUAAGGCGGGCCGGGUCAGGUGGUGGGAGCAUAUCGACAAGACGAAAGCCUCGCGUUGA